AUGUCCGGAUACAUGGACCAGAAGUCGCAUGGAAGCUCGAGUCCCUCCGCGUCGUCCUCAUUUCUUCCUCUUGGACGACGCGGGUCCAGGGCAUCUCUAGCGACGACGCAGACCGAUCGAGAAAACAUGAAUGCAGCUCUGGAUCAGAUUCACACUGCGGCCUAUCGGUCCGAUUCGCUAACGCAUUUCAACGACUUCACCAGCCCCCCGGCCCCGGCGCCCGCAUCAGAUGACAAGUGCCUCUCGGAAGAGCUGCAGGGAGGACUCAGUGGACUGUAUAGCCGUUUCAGAACCUCGGUAGGCGGGAUGAGAGACAUUGUCAGUGGUGGGGUAAAGUCAGCGGAUAGAAGUGUUGCGGAGACUCCUGCUGUCAAGAGCCCACCACCGGAGCGCUCGAUGACCAAGUCUGCGUCGGACCUGGCUGCUGGCUCCGCAGAUCAUCGCCAUCUGCCAUCGUAUCCCAACUCGUCGCAAGGGUCAAGACUACAUUCACCAGUUGUGGCGAAUUUUCAACAUGCUCAGGAUGCCGUGGCGCAGCCAAACGCCGGGAAAGGCUCUAAAAUAUCUUCCAAGAGUGCUAGCAUAUCUUCCAAAGCUUCUGUUUCCCCUUCUCCAGGGAUCAAAUCCACCAUCGCUCCACUCACAAAAUCCACCGGUGCCUCUAUCGCAGCCGAUCCAGCGAUCACCCAGCUUCACGUGAGCGCCGUGAAUACCAGUCACCAUUCUAGGAGCAACUCUAUCAAUGUCCCUGCCCCGGGCUUGAAGAGUGCCGACUCGGCCAGUAUCAGCAGCAAGGAUGGGCCGAUGGACACAUCCAUGAGCCAAACAUCUUCCGUGCCGAGCCAAAAUUUAUCCCAUUCGCCGGUGUUGUCCACAAAGACCCAUGAAAGUAAUCAUGGAGACCCUGGCUCACUGGAGGCUAGCGGAUCACUCCCACCGGCGGAUGGUUCGCUCUCCGAGAGUCGGCCCCGAAAACCGUCUUCUACAGAACAAUCUAGACCUCCAGAUAGCAUGUCCCAGUCGGCAGUUUCACGAAGCUCAAAGCAUACAGAGCCUCCCCAAGACUCGUCAUCCCAGCACCGGGAAAGCAGAUCGAAUUCAAGGAUGUCUUUCGCGCAAGAUGAGUCUGCAGUGCCGACGGCUACGUCGACCAAUCACCCAAAAGCAACUGCCAGUGAAGGAAGCCCAUUCCCUACAAGCUCAAAUGUUGAGAGUAAAGCUAAAGCCCCAGCUUCUCACAAUAAACCAGAAAAUAGUGAACUUUCAAAACUUUCUGCUUUGGCAACAUCCUUUGAUAAACCGCCCCCGUCGCCUACAAGAGGGCGAUUUCCUGGCUAUGUAACGUCCCGAGCAUCCACUGCUGAGACGAUGACAUCGGUGUCUUCUUUGCCACCGGUGUAUACAGCGGGUCCACGGGGAACUGGGCCUGUUCAGCUGGACAAGCAGCCCCCUGUGGCAACAGGCGAGAGUGGGGUUUCACAACUGCGAAGUAAAUUGCUCAGCCGAGAUUUCUGGAUGCGUGAUGAAAACGCUAAAGAUUGCUUUCACUGCGGAGAGCCUUUCACUACAUUUCGCCGAAAGCAUCAUUGCCGCACCUGUGGGCAAAUCUUUGAUUCUAGGUGCACGCUUCUCAUACCAGGAACGCGAUUUGGUCAGCCUGGCUCCAUCCGCGUCUGCAAGCCGUGUGAGGCUAUGAUCAAUGCACAUGAUGAUGACUCUUCUGAAUUCUCUGAUAGCGAACAGAGUCCCGUUGCUAUGAAUUCCCGGCUAUCAGAGCUCAGUUGGGGAAGCAAUGGAGCUCGAAUAUCUCCGGAUGAUGACGAUACCGCAUCAGUCGUAUCCCAGUCGAUUGACCAUGUUCUAAGGACCCCGACGAUGGCCAUUCCAGCCACUCGCCGCGCGGGCGAGGGGCACAAUCGUCGAUCGGCUGUCCUGGAAAUCAACUCCGACCGCCCUUUGACUAGGCCUACUUCGUCGCGCUCUCUGAGAUCAUCACUGGGACCUAGGGCACACUCUAUGAGCCACAAACGCCAUGGUUCUCGCCAGCAGCAAUAUAUUCGGAGCUUCAAGCCUUAUCAUGAAGAUCGGGCACCCUUCCAGCGCCGCAAUGCUGAUGAGUUCAGCGUCGAAUUCAGACUCCCUGCCUUUCACAGAGAUAACAUCAUUGAUCCAGACCUUGCUCAGUAUCUUUCGGAUGAUGCAUCAAGCGGUGAUGAACAGCCUAGUCUCAUGGCCGCGGUAUCUGAGAACAACCUAUCUAAAAGUGGCGGAGACCAUGAAAGGGCCACUUUUGGUGGAUUCCUGGCCGCCAUGAAGAAAGGCAGAUCUGCUUUCGGAGAUCGAAGUACUCCGAGUAUCAAUCAACCUGGACGCGAUGCAGACGAGGCCAGUCUCAGUAGCUCAAAGGCAGUGAACCUGCCCCGUUCCUCCCGCCGUCGGAAUCUAAGUGUCGCCAGCAGCGUACAUAUUCGCCAGUCCCCGCGGGCCUCAAAAGAAAGCAUGUUCCCCCAUGAUGUACCUUUCCCAGAGGCUCCCUUUCCUAUGCGCUUGAAAGACAGUGGUUUCAAGAUGACCAGAAGCUCAUCGAUGCAAGGGUCUGGUGCGCCGCCAGUCGAGCUCAAUAAAGCCAGCUUGGAACAUGUGCAAAGGCUUCUGCGACAGCUUCUAGCGGAGUCAUCUGUACCACACGGCGAGAGUUGGGAAAAUGCUCUCCUUCCAAUCCUUUUGAAAGCGGCGGAUGAGGUGAAUCCGGAUGUCCAGCACGGUGACGAUAUGGAUGUUCGUCACUAUGUUAAAAUUAAGAAGAUUCCAGGCGGCAAGCCCGGGGACACGUCGUACGUUUCGGGGUUGGUAUUCACCAAGAAUUUGGCUCUGAAAAGCAUGCCGAGAAGUAUUCCGCGACCCAACAUCUUGAUCAUCACGUUUCCUCUUGAAUAUGCUCGCCAGCAACACCAUUUUAUGAGCCUUGAGCCUGUCAUUCGACAAGAGCGGGAAUUCCUGGAAAACCUCGUGACCCGAAUCGCUGCUCUCCAACCAAAUCUGUUGCUUGUCGAAAAACAUGUCUCAGGGUUGGCUCUCCAUCUUCUCGAAAAAGCCCGCAUCGCAGUUGCGCAUAACGUGAAACCAUCUGUUCUUGAAGCCGUGUCAAGGUGUACCCAUACUCGGAUUGUCACGUCUAUGGACAAACUUUUGAGCCCGGCUCCACAUAGCGAUUGCAGCAGCUUUGAUGUGAAGACUUAUGUGCAUAAUGGCCGCAGAAAGACAUACAUGUACAUCUCUGGAUGUCGGAAAGACCUCGGGUGCACAAUCGUACUACGUGGUGGCAACGAAGAUUCCCUUGGGAAGGUGAAGGAGAUCACCGAAUUCAUGAUCUAUGUCGUGUACAGCCUGCGGCUCGAGACAUGCCUGAUGAGGGAUGAAUUUGCGAAGCUGCCUACAGCAUCGACUGAGGGUUCGAAGACAGUGUCCUGCAAUUUCGAGAAUCAAAUUGCAGUCAGCGAGAGCAAUGGAUGUCCCACAAACACAGAAAAUCCAGAAGACAAGCCAACUCAGGAUUCAACCGGUAAACCAGUGACCACCGAUAUCACUGAAAUUCCCGAUGAUGUUCCCAUGCCAACAUACUUCGACGACAUGGUGCAGGCUUAUCAAACAAAGCUUCUCUCUGCGUCGCCUUUCGUGAAAUUCGAACCACCAUAUCUUCUCAUGCGCGUGAGAGAGAUAGGCCGCAGACUGGCCUAUUUGAAACGCCUCCGUGACCAAGAUGGAUUUUCCGAAGAAAGCAUAGAUGAGAAGGCCAAGCCGCAGAAGUUCACUCUCAUUACUCCUGAAAUGGUCCACCAAUCUCCACACGAUGCUUCACCCAAGGUUAAAGAGGUCCUUCGCGCAGCCCAUGACGCCGAAUACGACAGGACACUCUACCAUUAUCAAACGCAGAAACGGCAAUGGGAGGCAUACGUUGCUGGUAAUCACGACAUGUUUGAUCCUUACGCUCACCAGAACAUUGUCGUCCUCUACAGCCUUGUGUGCACUACGACGUCUAUUCCAUGCUCUGGUCCCGAUAUCUUCGCUCUCGAGUUUUACAACGAGCACGAGGACGAUACGGUGUUUGAGUCGGAUUGUCCCUUGGGACAGUAUGUUCAGGAGCUUUGUGCUGGAGUGAACGAUGUCUGUACCGCCAACGGCUGCGAAAAGCGGAUGUUUGAGCAUCACCGCCAAUACGUUCAUGGAGAGGCGCAGCUCAGCAUUGUUGUUCAGCCCUACCCUUCCAAAAUACGCGGGUUACAAGACGCGAUGCUUAUGUGGAGUUGUUGCAAGAUUUGCGGCAAUGAGACCCAAGUCACGCCAAUGUCGGAGAAUGCUUAUAAGUACUCAUUUGCGAAAUACCUCGAGAUUACUUUCUGGGGGAGGAAUCUGCAUGCCCGUGCGGGAGUUUGUCCUCAUGAUCUCCAGCGAGAUCAUCUCCGCUAUUUUGGCUACAGGGAUCAUGCCGUUCGCAUUCAGUAUGACACGAUACAUCUUCUUGAAAUUAUCGUCCCACGGCCCCGAGUCACCUGGAAGGUUGAUAAUGAUUUGAAGAUGCGAAAUGAAGUCUUCAAGCGCACCGAGUCACGCCUCAACAAGUUCAUGCUUUCCGUCGUUGCGCGUUUGAAAAACAUUAAUGUCGAAAGUGUCAUGCCCGAGCUCCUCGAUAAAUCCAAGAAAGAAAUUGAAUAUUUGAUCAAGAGAGCCAGCGAGGACCAGGCUGCUUUGAUUCGCCAAUUGCAGGAGAAGUACAGCAGCUCGCGCUACUGGGAGGUUAUACCGCUAAACGAGGUUCUUCGUGCCGUUCAAGAGAAGGUGGUUGAAUGGGACACCACCUUUGCCGAAUUUGAACAGAAUUUCUUCCCAUCAGAGAAGGAUAUUAAACGGCUAGCAACUCUGCAACUGAAGAAAAUUUUCCUUGACAAGGAUACGACUGUGACAACGGAUGAUUCCCUACAAACUCCAACCGAUGUAGAGGACGAAAACGCUCAGACAGCUGAAAAGCCGCGGAUGUUGCGGCGCAUGACCCUUUCUCCGGAAAAAGCAAAGGAUGUUCUUGUGUCAGUUGUUGAAGAACACACUGGUAAAAAGCAACGAGAGAAAAAAGAGGAAGACAGUGCAUUGCCACCAUUGCCUACCUCUCCUACUGAAACGUCUCUGGCUGUCGAUGCUGUAAACGGCAAACGAUCCUCUCCGCAGGAUGAAGUAGUUGCGCAGGAAGAGGUCCGACAUCUUGAUUUGGCAGUUCCUUCUGGUCAGUCUGAAACGACGUUCCUCGACUCAAUCUCCCCGCCGACUCGAUCAUGGUCCAACAUGGAUGCACCGAUGGCUUUUGAUGUAGCCGGCGGCGAAAUUGAUCCACCGGAGUUGUCACCGAAGACGCCCGAGCCCUCAAAAAACAUCGAUUCAAAGGCGAGAGAAUGGGGUGCCAUCGAGAUACCAACUACUCCUCCGAACCGACCUUCCGCGAUUCCAAGACUGACUGAGGGGGCCUUCCGACGUUCCGGCAAGGCACGUUCUCCUCCACUGGUACGUGCACAGUCUCAGCCGGCGCAUCUUCUUCGAGAAAGAUCGCUUCCAGGCUUGAAACUCGGCCCAUCACCUUCAAAUGAGCCGGAGACUCCCCGGGGCGAUUCGGCCAAGCCAUCGGAAAAGAAAUUAACAGAACGCAUCGGAUUGAGCGCUCUUAAGAAUGGUCGAUUUGCCCCAGGACAUUCUCUCAUCCCACGGUCUAGUCCCAGUAAACGUGGCAGUUCUCGCGUGUCCAAUCUUGCUAGGCAUUUUGAACAACUGAGCCGUGAAUUUGAGAAGGAAAGACAACGUGAAAGACGUCAACGCGCUGCUCGAAGCACCCAUUCGCGUGCAUUCCCCCUGGCUUCUUCGAAACCCAUAGUUGAGGUCUACCGGAAUGUCAAAGAAGCUGUUGAAGAGCGAGAACCUCAGGUUGAUGGAGAAGAGACUGUCCUUCGAGCGCCGCAGAUUCCAACAGAUGAAUCAGGCAGAAGAAGUGACGAAUUCGGCGACCGGACCGGACAUCAACAAUUGGAACCCUCACCCCCGGGAGCAACGGUGGAUUGUUUUGAGCCAAGUCCAAUUGUUCGAUCUGACUCGCAGUUCAUAUCUGAAGGCGAAGCGGAUGAAGGCCCCAGCGACGAAGAGCAAAACGCAGGGGAGGAGUUGCACCCAGUGGAUUUGCAGGAAGAGGUCAAGUUACCCGAAGAUGACUCAAUUGAAUUCAAGGAUCUGGCAAAGCAUGAACGUACAUGGCUUCUGAACAUUCUGAAAAACUUCUGGUCCGAACGGUCUGCCAGUGGAUGGUCUGCUCUCGACUAUCCUCUCAGUGUGAACGAUCAUGUCUUUGCGGACUGCGAUAUUAUUGUGCGAGAGGACGAGCCUAGCUCUUUAAUUGCGUUUGCGUUGGACUCGUCUGACUACAAAGAAAAGUUGGCAAGCAUUCAACAACGAUUUGAUGAGACGGAGGAGCAGCUAGAAAAGCCUGGUUCCAACGCAGAAGAUGCCAGAGAGGCUCGAGUCGAACAUGCUCUCUUGCGGGAGACUGGCACACAUCUUAAGUAUCAAUUCCAAGAGGGCCAGGCAAGAAUGCUUUGCAAAGUAUUCUACGCUGAGCAGUUUGACGCACUACGCAUAAAAUGUGGCGUUGCUGAUCGAAUCGUGGAAUCGCUUUCCCGUUGCGCAAAGUGGGAUUCCAAGGGUGGUAAAACAAGGUCGCUUUUCCUGAAGACACUGGACGAUCGCUUUAUCCUUAAGUCACUGUCCCCGGUCGAGACCCAAGCUUUCCUCAAAUUCGCCCCGGCUUAUUUCCAGAUCAUGUCGGAGGCCUUGUUCCACGAGCUGCCGUCUGCCAUCGCCAAGAUGUUUGGUUUCUACCAGGUCAUCAUCAAGAACCCGGCCACUGGGACUGAAUUCAAUUGGUUCCUGUUGCUGAUGGAGAACCUCUUCUACGACCGAGUCCCGAACCGUAUAUUCGACCUGAAGGGCUCAAUGCGCAACCGCAAGGUCGAAAGCACGGGCGAGCGUGACGAAGUCCUGCUGGACGAGAACAUGGUGGACUUUAUCUACGAGUCCCCUCUAUUCGCACGAGAACAUUCCAAGAAACUGCUCGGUCAAAGCGUGUGGAACGAUACUCUUUUCCUGGCCCGUCAGGACGUGAUGGAUUACUCACUUAUGAUUGCCAUUGACGAGAAGCGAAGCGAGCUCGUUGUGGGAAUCAUCGAUUGCAUUCGCACAUACACCUGGGACAAGAAGCUUGAGUCAUGGAUCAAAGACCGCGGCUUUGCCGGCGGUGGUCGCAAUCGCCCGACGGUGACCAGUCCCAGGGAGUACAAGAGUCGAUUCCGUGAAGCGAUGGCACGAUAUGUCCUUCAAGCCCCAAGGUCAGUCUACACCUCCCCUUUCCGGCUUUCCAAAUAG